CAAGAUUCGUUCAGUGACAUACCAGAACGAAUAUUUAUUUCGAAUUCAAAAUCGGCGCUCGAGCCGAGUGAAAAGUUUCCUUGUCAAUUUUCUAAUUACAACUUAUCAGAAACAGUGAAGCCAAUUCUCAUCACGAAUGAUGAUUCUUUUGUUGUGAUUCAAACACAACUUAGCAACUAUCAGUCACAAGUGACAAUUGUAAACUUAACAGUUUUUCACCACUUGCCAAUUGUUCGUCCAGCUGCGGCGUUACUUCGAGGAAAAUUGGUUGAAAAAUUGUAUUAAUUUGUUCAACUGUUGCGCAAUCACAAUGAAAUUGGAUAAACUUUUUAAAAUUGUGCUCACUUUUGUUUUUGCUAUUGUCAUUACCAAUUGCCAUCUGAUACAACCACUCUCCGUUUACGUACACGUAGUGCGAUACGUUCACGACUUCUUCAACAAUACUUGUAUUAUUUUUCUGCAUGCCAGCGAUAACCCCAGCGAGACGCAAGAUUUGAAAAUUGGUUUGGAUCUGAAAAAAUUACAAUUCCAAUUUUCCGGAAGUGGAAUACGCAUGGCCAUUAUGUCCGUGAAUGUUUUCGUCGCUGAGAUUGGAGUUGCGUAUUAUCAUAUAAAACGGCCGCUUUUCGUAUUGCUUAACGACAGCGACGAGCUUCGGCAGGGAUUUGCAGAUCAGGUUGCAGGAUGGAUCGACAUGUCUUAUCCAACGUGGCUGAUAUUUUUCGGCAACGGGACGAAGAUCGAAACAUAUUUUGACACUCUGUAUAUUCCGUUCGACUGCGAAUUUAUGGUCGCUCAAACGCAAAACGAUAUCACGGAAAUAACCGAAGUCUAUCGGGUGGACCGAAAUUCAUCACUAUUGACCAGUAACUUUGGAUUCAUCAGUUUGACCGAAGAUACAGAUAUCAAGCGGAAAGGUUUAUACGACAGACGAAAUAAUCUUCAUGGAAAGUACCUGAGGGUCGGCGUCACUCAUAAUCCAUCGAUUUCCGAACUGAUCAAAGACGACGAUCAGAAUGUAAUUAGCGUCGAGGGAUACUUCGGUGUUCUUUCGGAAUUAUUGCAGCAAAGAAUGAAUUGCACAAUGACUUUUUACGAAAUCGACGAGUGGGAUUUUGUGUUAGAAACUGGAAAAUCCGCGGGCGUCAUGUCUUUGUUGGGUAACAAAACUUUGGAUUUGGCACUGGGACCAAUUGCCAUUACCGAAAAGAGAUUGGAAGUUGCCGAAUUUACAAUACCACUUUUCGUAACACGCUAUACCACUUACAUAAAAAGACCAUUGGAAAGUGUCGUGAAGUGGGAAGGAUACAUGGCGCCGUUUAAAGCAGGAAUAUGGACCGCUAUUGCUCUGAUUAUAUUAAUUUCAAGUGGCAUGAUAUCGUGCGCAAAAUCAUUGUCAAAAAUGUGGUCGUCCCAUGUCAAUGACCUCGAACACUCCCCGUCAAAGUUCAACCACAUUUUGUUACUCGUAUUUGGUGCUUUCUGCAAUCAAGGAAUACAACCGUCGUUGUUGGAUCCUGUAAGAAUAAUUCAUCUGAUCGUUCACUUGACAGCUGUCGUUGUUGUGGCAGCUUACUCGGCCGCUCUGAUAAGUUUCCUUGCUGUCAAAACAAUAUCAAUGCCAUUUACAACGAUGGCUGGCUUACUCGAGGACAACACUUAUGAUUUUGCUGUUGUUGCCAACUCCUCCGAAUUCUAUUUCUGCAGUACAACCUUAGAUUUCGUAGUGAAGUCGAUUUACGAGAAGAAACUACGAGACAAUUCUAAUUUACCCACGAGCUACGAAGACGGUUUAAAGAGACUUUGCAAGGAGGAAAAAUAUGCGUUUAUGUUGCCGGAACAUCAGUAUCAGAUUUUCAAAAGUAAACUCGAUUGCAUUAUCGAACCUUUGGAUUCGACGAUGCAAGCAUCCAUAGGAAUGCCAGUUUCCAUGAGAAGUCCUUAUCGCGGUGUCAUCAAUAGCGUCUUACUCAUUAUUAAAAAUGGCGGCAUCUUACAAAGAGUUUUAAACGCGAGAUUUUACAACGUAAAGGGGAUAUCGCAUCGCGAUUCGUGGGUGUCUGUCGAAAUUGGGGAUGUGGUAGUGUUAAAUGUUAUUUUGCUAUUGGGAAUUAUUCUCGGACUUCUCAUACUUUACGUGGAAAGAUCGUUUCCUCCGAAAACAAACGACCGGACGAUAAAUAUCGCGAAAGUUAUAAAAACGAAAGCAGCCAGAGCGAAAGAAUUUUGAAAUAAAAUAUAAAGUUACCGUGUCCCGUACGCCCAUCAAUAUAUUAUCCCUCGCUGUCGGUUUAUUAAGUUUUCUUCAAGUUGGUAAGA